AUGCUUUCAAUAGAAAAAGAAAAUUCAAGAGUUGCUACAACUAAACCAUUAGAUGAACUUUUUACGAAUGUCGGUCAAAAGUUUGAGACAGAGACCGUAAAGCAUGAAGGCUAUCGUUUUGACUACCCGUUAAGAUGGUUAAGAGACCCAUCCGUCACAAAAGCUGUUGGCUUUCGUAGAAUGAAGUUCAUUUCAGAAGCCAUACAUGGUUUCCCAUUUACGGUCGCUUUUGAAAUUCGAUACUAUAACAAAGAGAAACGUACGUAUGAGAAAUUUGAACAGGGAAAACUUUUACAAGUUAGUUUGCUUGUAAACUUAGAAACAACUCUUCAAGCUUUUCAAGAAAAAAUAAACGAUAUCUAUCUCGAAUAUGCAAAACAGUACAACAUUGACGAAGGAGAGUACCAUCUCGAUAUUAUAUAUGACAGGAAAAAUG